GCAAGUAAUAAUAGCCGGAUGGAUAUAUUUUAAAAAAGAAUGUAAAGUUCAUCGUUUCAGAAACUUCAAAUGGCUUCAGUUUCUUCUUCUCUUUGUUUUCAGUCACUCGGGAGAAGAACUCCACCCUGCAAUUCCAUACCCUAUAACAACUCUAAAGGAAUGAGAAAUUGCAGAAAUCAGUCAAUUGUUCAGUGCAGCCUGAGAACUACUCACAAUUCAGGUAAUUGCAUUGAAGAGGAAGAACAAUCAAAGAACACAAAAAGGAGAGAAGCUUUAAUUCAGAUAGCCACAUUGGCUGCAUUUUCUUACUCUCCAUUCAUUGGUUCUGCUGCAGCAGCAGAAGAGAAGGACAAUUUUCGGGUUUAUUCAGAUGAAACAAAUAAAUACAAGAUUAUGGUCCCUGAAGAUUGGCAAGUUGGUCAAGGAAAGAACAAUGGACUCCGAGCUUUAACAGGAUUUUACCCGCAAAUUGCUUCUGAAUCCAAUGUUAGCGUUUUUAUCACCUUGCUUGGUGCUGACUUCACGAGAAUGGAAUCUUUCGGCAAAGUUGAAGAGUUCGCCGAGACUCUGGUUAGUGGACUAGAUAGAAGUUGGCAAAACCCUCCAGGUGCAGCCGCAAAACUUGUCGCCUGCAAAUCUUCAAAUGGGUUUUAUAAUAUCGAAUAUACACUACAAAAACCAGGUGAGAGUUGCAGACACAUAUUUUCCAAGAUCGGGAUGGCUAACAACGGCUAUUACAACAGAUUGUUUACUGUAACAGGGCAGUUUAUGGAAGAAGAAACAGACAAAUACAGUUCCAAUGUUCAGAAGACUGUAUCAUCCUUCAAGUUUACUUGAGUAACAUGGUGAGGUUCUUUAAACAUACAGAACCAGAACUGAAAUUUAAUAGUAAAAGUUCGACAGGAGAAGUUUGUGGUGAGAAACUAACACAGAAUCGUAUGAUUGUCCAUUGCAUUCAACAUGACUCCUAAAUUGGUGAUGUUUUUAAUGCAAACCAGAGGGACGAGUUCUGUGAGGAAUCAAGGUUGGUGAUGAGAUGUAAGGUCCCGAGGAGCAGAAGCAAAAACAAAACUCUCAUAGAGUAGUUAUUUAAUCUCAUGUAUGAUAUGAAUAUACCAUAUAGAGGAUGUACUUUGGGGUGCAAUUGAUCCAGCUUUGUGGAUCCAAAUCCACAGCUACAACUUUUUGCCCACGUCUAAUUGAAAGCUAAAUAAGUAGAUUGUACAAACUAGCAACAAUGAGAACAUACAUGCGCAUAAACAGUGUGCAAGAUGUGAAGGUUGAUCUUGUUUCAAAUUGCUAUAGUUCAAAUGGAUCAUUUUCAGA